AUGGUUGAGGAAGCUAUUUUACUGGGUGAUAGACUGCAAGUUCAGUCUGAAAAUGUUGUUGGGAAGAACAAGAAGUGGGUCAAGAACGCCCCUUCGGGCAAGUCAUCUGUGAGUCGCAGGGUGUGUUCGACUUGCGGCAAGAUCCAUGUGGGAGCAUGCCGAUCUGCUUCUGGUGCGUGUCACCGUUGCGGUAGCCUGAAUCACAAGGUCCGUGAUUGCCCUGAGAAAGAUCAGAGGGCCAUGAAUCCGGACAAAGAUGCUGGGGAACGGUUGUGCUACAACUGCGGUGAAGCAGGGCACUACAAGAAUCAGUGUCCAAAGCUAAGGCAGCAAGCUGGAAAGUGGGCAAGUGAUGGUCCGAGUCAGCCUGCGAAGAGGCAAGCUAUUAUGCCUCGUGUGUACACCAUCGGUGACGAGACCAUGGAUCCAUGUACAUCUCGUCCGAUCACUGGUAAGCCUUAA